UUUGAAGCACUGUUCUCAGAGACACGCUGACUGUUAGCAGAUCACUUCAGAGGGCGAUGACUGACACAGAGCAGGAGAAAUCCAGCAGGAUGAGUCUCGACCAAAGAGAAACACUUUGUGGAAAAGUUUCAAGACAGCUCCGACACUUGAAAUGGAGAGAUAUUUUCACAUGGCAGCUUCUGAAAACACUGUUGAUGGGUCAGGGUCUGUCAGCGCUGAUCUGUGGCACUGCAGUGACCUCUCAGUUCCUGGCCUCGGGAUACCACCUGGAUUUACCUAUGCUUCAGAGUUUCAUCAACUACACCCUUCUGUUCCUCACCUACACUACAGCACUGUUUUUCAGAACAGGUGAUGGAAAUAUUUUGCAGAUAUUAAAGACAAAAUGGUGGAAGUAUAUCUUGUUGGGUUUGGCAGACGUGGAGGCAAAUUAUGCCGUGGUGAAAGCGUACCAGUACACCACGUUAACCAGUGUGCAGCUCUUGGACUGCUUUAUCAUCCCAGUGCUCAUGAUCCUGUCCUGGUUCUUCCUGAAGGCGCGCUACAAAAUAAUUCACUAUGUGGCUGUAUGUGUGUGUCUGGCUGGUGUGGGAGCCAUGGUUGGAGCUGAUCUCCUCGCAGGCCGGGACCAAGGGUCAACCAGUAACAUCCUGCUGGGAGACGGCCUGGUUAUCCUCAGUGCCACUCUGUAUGCCGUGUCCAACGUGUGUCAGGAGUACACGGUGAAGAACCGAAGCAGGGUGGAGUUUCUGGGCAUGCUGGGCCUGUUUGGGACGCUGAUCAGUGGCAUACAGCUUGGUGUUUUAGAGCAUGUGCAGCUGGCACGUAUUCAGUGGACAUGGCAAAUCGCUCUACUACUGAGUGGGUUUGUUCUGUGCAUGUACACACUCUACAGCUGCAUGCCCAUGGUGAUGGAGGUGACCAGCGCUACAGCAGUAAACCUCUCUCUGCUAACUGCUGACCUGUUCAGUCUGUUCUGUGGCCUGUUCCUCUUCCAGUACUCAUUCUCAGGACUCUACGUUGUGUCCUUAGUGGUGAUCACUGUGGGCUUCAUCAUGUUCAAUGCCGUCCCUACACCAAACCCAACUCCUGAAUCAGUGAGCGGAGAGGGAGGGUGUGACAACCAGGCUGCAGAGUUUGACGAGGAGGGACGAGUGGGCUCUGGAGUUGAAGUUUCCAGUGAGCAUCAAGAGGAAGAGAAAGGAGAGACUGAUUCCAGAGGGAGAAAACACCUAUCAGAAAACAGAGAAUGUGUUGUUAUAAGCAGUGCUGAGCUGUAAAUAACAAAUGUCAUAACGAUUUAAACUGUGCAUUAAACAACAUUCACAGUGGAUAUUUUUGCUGAUGAUGACAUCACCACCAUCAGUAAAAACUGACCAAUAUCUGCAUAUUCACAGUAGAGGAGUUGAAGUAACAACUUUGAUGCUGGCAUCUUGUAAAUAGUGUCUGAAUGAAAAUAUAGUGACAUAACAGAUUUAGCUUUUUUUCUUCAUAUUAAUAAGCUUUAUGUUCAAAAGUGUUGGGUAACACUUGCUACAUUACACUGACAUAACCAUGCCAUGAACAUGUGAUGGCAGAUGUUACAUGCUGUCAUGAGUUGUCAUGUUCAGUAAUAUAAAAGGGUCAUAUUACUGGCAUCGGCACUUGAGAGUUUUGAGAGAUGACAAUGUUGAGAGAUUGGGAGAAAUUGACAGAUGUUAUAGUUUGAUGUCAUAAUGGCUAACUAUAGUGCACUUAGCAAAAAUUAACGUGUGACAUAAGCUGUCAUGACAUCGAAAUUUAUGGCAAUUGUCAUGACUAUUAACAGUGAUUGUGUUACGAUGCUGUUAUAUUACUGGAUGGCUUGAUUAUGUCAAUAUUAUGUAACAUGGUUCAAGUAAAAUGUUUCUGUGUUGUUAUCCUUACAAUCGCUAAUUUCAAUCUGAAGAAAAAACAUGGAAAAAUCAAACCCUCAGUUUCUUCCUUUUGAGCCUUUCCUUGGUAGAUUUACUUAUAUGUUUCGGAUCAUUAUCCUGUUGGAAGGUUCACUUCUUCAGCUUCAACAUUUUCACAGAUGGUCUUACAUUCUCCUCAGGCACUCUGGGAUGAAAGAGAAUUCAAAGUUGACUCUGUGACUGCAAAUUGGCCAGGCCCUGAGGCAGCAAAGCAGCCCCAAACCAUAACAUUUCCACCACCAUGCUUUACAGUUGGUAUGAGGUUCUUCUGAUCAAAUACUCUCUUAGGUUUUCACCAAACAUGGCUUCUGGUACUGUGGCCAAAGAACUCUAUCUUUGAUUCGUCUGUCCAUAGCACUUUCAUCCAGAAGUUUUGCUCUUUGCUUAGAUAUUCAUUAGCAAACUUUAGUCAUGCCCUGAUGUUCUUUUUAAACAGUACAGGCUUCUUCCUAACACACUUCUCAUGUAGGUCAAAUUUAUGCAAACUUUUUUUAUUGGUAGAAUUAUGCACUUUGACAUCAACAGUGACAAAAGCUACUUGCAGAUCCAGUGAUGAAAUUCUUUUAGCAUCUUCCAGUCUACACUUGGGUUGAAUGUCCUUGGGCAGCCUGACCUGGACAAGUUGACAGUGGUGUUAAAUCUGCUCCACUUAUAGAUGAUCUUCCGGACAGUGGAAUGAUUGAGUUCCACCAUCUUCUUAAACCCCUUUCCAGACUUAAAGUCAUAUUCAACUUUAUUUCUGAAAGCCUCAGAGAGUUUUUUUGAUCUGGUAUCAUCUAGGCAUGAUGAUACCACACACUCCAAUAACAAAGAGCAAACCAGACCAGAUAUCUAAGGUUUAAAAAAGACAAGUUCCUCUGAGAUUCUUUGGUGUUCUGAUCAUUAGCACCUGACUGAGUGCACCUGAUUUCAGUUUGACUCAUUUAGAGUAGUGAUGUAUGUAGGGGUGUACUUACUUUAUCCACAUCAGAAAACUGCAUUACUGUUUAUUUUGAUUAUAUAAAGGAUGACAAAAAUGGUGAUUCUAAGUGUCACUUGUUAAAUUAUAUCAUGCUAAUCUA